UUGAGCCUUCCACUUUAGCCAUUCAGACCAAAAGUAACAAAAAUAAACUCCGCCUAGACUCUCCAUCUUCCAACCUAUCCUCGCCCAGCGCGCUCUCUACCUCUCUCUAACUCGCAAUAGCCAGUCAGCUUGCGCAGUGGAAAGAAUGAAUAGGGUGAUUGCGAGAAAGCUUGCUGCAAAUGUCUCCAGGUUAAAAGUUCGGCAGGAAUAUUUCUGCACUGAUGCAGCUGCAGGAGUAUCUGGUUUUAACCGUGGCCAAUCCAGUCAAGAGCAAAAGGAGAAAAAUGAUUUCGCUAAUAACAUUCAGCAGUAUGACAUUGCAAUAGUUGGAGGAGGCAUGGUUGGCAUGGCUCUAGCUUGUUCCUUGGCUAGCAUGCCAUUGACAAAACACUUGAAUGUUGCCAUCAUUGAUAGCAAUCCUGCAUUGGGGAGUAGAGUCCGCUUAAAAAAAGGAGACCCCCCAGAUGCAAGGGUCAGUACAGUAACACCUGCAACUAUAUCUCUUUUCAAAGAUGUUGGUGCUUGGCAAUACAUUGAACAGAAUCGACAUGCAUAUUUUCAUAAGAUGCAGGUUUGGGAUUAUACUGGCUUAGGAUACACAAGAUACAAUGCAAGAGAUAUAAAUAAAGAAGUCCUAGGGUGUGUAGUGGAAAAUAAGGUCCUUCACGAUUCUCUGCUGUCAUGUAUAGAGACUACAGAUUUCCAGAAGACAUUCCAUCCUUCCAGGUUAACUUCGAUGACUUUACAUCAAAGCUCUUCAUCCAUGGGGAUGGAUAGCACAUUAUUAAAGACAACAUCAUCUUCUCUGGGGCAUUUAGCAAAGCUGGAACUGAGUGAUGGCAAGAGCAUAUUUGCAAAGCUGGUGGUUGGAGCCGACGGUGGCAAGUCACGCGUCAGGGAGUUAGCAGGAUUCAAGACAACUGGAUGGAACUACUCACAGAAUGCAGUCAUAUGCACGGUAGAACAUUCUGUUGAAAACCGAUGUGCAUGGCAACGGUUUCUACCUGCAGGUCCAAUUGCACUUUUGCCAAUGGGAAAUAAUUUUAGUAAUAUUGUAUGGACCAUGAACCCAAAAGAGGCAGGGAACCGUAAAUUAAUGAAUGAGGAUGACUUUGUGAAAGAUACAAAUGCUGCUCUUGACUAUGGAUAUGGUCCUCAUCCUAAGUCAAGCUUAUUAGAAAUGGGAGACAUGUUUUCUUGGCUCAGAGGAGAUGUGACGUUAUCAGCUACUGAGGGUUUUGAAGUUCCGCCGAAAGUAGUUAAGCUGGCUUCAGAAAGAAUGGUAUUUCCAUUGUCUUUGAAGCAUGCCAAUGACUAUGCAUCAAAGCGUGUCGUUCUAAUUGGUGAUGCAGCACACACAGUUCAUCCUCUGGCUGGUCAAGGAGUCAAUAUGGGUUUUGGAGAUGCAUUGGCUCUUUCAAGAGUCAUUGCUGAGGGUAUAGCUGUAGGCAUUGACAUAGGAGAGGUAACGAUGUUAAAGAAAUACGAAGAAGAGAGAAAAAGGACGAAUAUUAUGAUGAUGGCAAUCCUGGAUGGCUUUCAGAAGGCAUAUUCUGUUGAUUUUGGACCCCUAAAUAUCCUGCGAGCUGCAGUAUUCCAUGGGGCAAACUAUAUUUCUCCACUUAAAAGAAAUAUUAUUUCGUAUGCAUCAGGGGACCAGAGACUGCCACUUUUCUCUUGACCUAAACACUGUAAAUGCCCUGUCUAAAGGUUGUUAAAGGACUAUAGUUUCGCUCUUCAUGUUGGAAUAAAUUAUCUUUUUUGUUCAUCAAUCUUGUAUAGAAGCAGAUGAAUUUCGCUGUA